AUGGAAGUACUCAUCAUCCUCGAAUACGACUCGCAUCAUUUGCGGACCGCCUUUGCUGGCAUCCCUGGUCAUCAUGGCUUCCCGGUUGGUGCCAUGCGGUUGGAGUCAGGGGAGGAGGGAGAAGGUGGUGAAUGUCCUCAAGGAACAGCCACAGAUGUCAGGACAAAUGUAGAUGAUGAGAAGGGAGAAGGGGAGGUGGUUAAGCCAUCAGCAACCAUUGAUGAAUUUGAUUCAUCAGAUGAAGAAGACUUGAGGAAUACUGUUGGCAACAUUCCUAUGGAGUAUUAUCAACACUUUGUUCACAUUGGCUAUGACCUGGAUGGGAAGAAGAUCAUUAAGCCGAAGAAAAAGGAUGAACUGGAUCAUUUCCUGCAGAUGAUGGAAGAUCCUGAAUUCUGGCGAACUGUGGAAGAUAAGUCUACUGGUCAGGACGUGCGCUUGAGUGAAGCUGAUGUCCGUGCCAUCCACCGCAUGCAGAAGAACAAGAUCCCAGAUGAAACGUAUAACCCAUACGAGCCAUGGGUUGAUUUCUUCACGAAUAAGGUGAUGCAGACAUCAGUGACAGCUCACCCACCGCACAAGCGUUCCUUCAUCCCAUCUCUCAUUGAGCGACAGAAGGUUGGAAAAAUGGUGCAUGCCAUCAAGAUGGGUUGGAUGAAGCCUCAGUCUGACAAGAAGGAGGCAGUUGAGAAAUAUGGACCCGUGAUGGUUUGGGAUUCUAACAGUCACGCAGAGGAGAUGCGUCGCAUCCAUAAUCAUAUCCCUGCACCGAAACUGAAGCUUCCAGUCCAUGCAGAGUCUUAUAAUCCUCCUCCUGAGUAUCUUUUUGAUGAGGAUGAAAUGAAGAAAUGGGAAUCUUUAGAAGAAGAGCCAUGGAGACGCAAAUAUGAUUUUGUGCCCCAAAAAUAUUCAUCACUGCGCCAAGUUCCAUCAUAUGAUCGCUUCAUUAAGGAACGAUUUGAAAGGUGUUUGGACUUGUACUUGGCACCGAGAGCUCGUCGGAUGCGACUCACGAUCCAACCAGAAGACUUGGUUCCUCAACUGCCGAAGCCACAAGAACUUCACCCGUUCCCAGUUGUCCAGUCGCUGGUGUAUGAAGGCCAUUCCAAUAUGGUUCGUUCGGUAUCUGUGGAACCAUUGGGACAGUUCUUGGCAUCUGGUUCUGAUGAUGGAACUGUGCGAGUGUGGGAGAUCCAGACAGGAAGGUGUCUCAAAGUUUUUGAAAUGGGAGGGGUAGUGAAGUGUGUGGCUUGGUGUCCUAACACAUCCGUCUGCCUCCUGGCCAUCACUGUAGAUAAUGAUUGUGUGAUUUUGAAUCCUGGUGUAGGAGAUAAGUUGGUGGUGAGUGACACAGAUCAUUUGGUUGGGAUUGGAACUGCUCCUGAUCAGGGUGAAUAUCUUGUUCCGGAAAGGAUUCAGGCUGUUGUCAAAUGGGAGUCGCCCUCGGAUGAGCAAAGGGAUGUAGGAUAUCGAGUGAUUAUCAAGCACUUUAAACCUGUCAGGCAGGUGUCAUGGCAUGGGAAGGGUGAUUAUUUUGCCACCGUGAUGCCUGAAGGCCUUAACCGAGCUGUUCUUAUACACCAAUUAUCAAAAUGGCGGUCCCAGCUCCCAUUCCAGAAAGCAAAAGGCCUGGUUCAGUGCAUCCUGUUUCACCCCAUUCGGCCAUAUCUGUUUGUUGCCACCCAGCGAUAUGUCCGUGUGUAUAAUCUGGUGAAACAGGAACUGACCAAGAAGCUCCUGACUGGGGUAAAGUGGAUCUCGAGCAUGGCUGUUCAUCCAGGAGGGGACAACAUUGUUGUUGGAACCUAUGAUUCCAGGUCCCUCUGGUUUGACCUUGACCUCUCAACCAAGCCAUACAAGGUUCUGCGUCACCAUCGCAAGGCUGUCCGAUCUGUUGCCUUCCAUCGCAAGUACCCCCUUUUUGCAACAUGCUCUGAUGAUGGAGCUGUCAUCAUCUGUCAUGGAAUGGUGUAUAGUGACCUCCUUCAAAAUCCUCUGAUCGUCCCUGUCAAGAUCCUGCGAGGGCAUACCCUGUAUGAUGACUUCAGCGUUCUUGAUUGUUGCUUUCAUCCCAUUCAACCUUGGAUUUUUUCCAGUGGUGCCGACUUCACCAUUCGUCUCUUCACUUGA